GAUGCUCUCCCUAUCGUUCUGUCCGUAUUCGAUUGGUCCAACACUAAAACCGCAGCACCCUGCCCACAUUACUUAUCCAAGCUUAUAGACCAUAAACAAGAAGACGACGGAGAUGUUAAAUCUCCUGCAAAUGCUCGUUUCAAAGUCCUCAAGCUUGUUGCAGCAACUUCCUGUGCAGCUCAAACUUCUGGCCGUUUUCCUCGUCCUCUUAUACAAAUGGUACUCUUUCAGAAUCUCAUCCGUACCACCUUCUCCACGAAAGCUGCCUGUGAUGGGAAACCUCCAUCAAAUAAGCAUAUACCCUCAUCGUUCACUUGAAGCCCUAGCUCAAAUCCACAGUCCUCUCAUGCUGCUCCAUUUCGGAAGCAAGCCGGUCCUUAUUGUCUCAUCGGCCGAGGCUGCUAGCCAGAUCUUGAAAACUCAUGAUCUCUCAUUCUCUGACAGACCCAAGACCGCCUUCUUCAAGAAGCUUCUCUACAAUUUCAAGGACGUUGCGAUGGCACCGUACGGUGAGUACUGGAGGCGGAUGAAAAGUAUAUGUGUCCUGAAUCUCUUGAGCAGCUCUAGGGUUCGCUCUUUUCGUUAUGUGAGAGAAGAAGAAACGGAGUCUAUGAUCAACAUCAUCAAGCAGUCUUGUACUCUAUCCUCAUCAGCCUCGUCGACAUCCUCUGUUUUGAAUCUAACCGAGUUGUUUCUGAAGCUUACUAAUGAUGUCAUCUGUAGAGUAGCUCUGGGAAGGAAGUACAGUGAUCGCGGGGAAGGUCGAGGGAGGACGUUUAUGGAGCUUUCCGGAGAAUUCAUGGAGUUAUUGGCGCGAAUCAAUAUCGGUGACUAUAUUCCAUGGCUUGCUUGGUAUACACGUCUUAAUGGCUUGGAUGCUAAAUUAGACAGUCUGGCUAAACGGUUCGAUGAAUUUCUGGAUAUGGUUGUUCAAGAGCAUAUUGAUAGUUCAAAGGGGUCUGAAGGAGAUGAGGAUGCAGGCCAAAAGGAUUUAGUGGACAUUUUGCUUUCGGUUCAAAAAGAAGACACUGUUGGUAUUCCCAUCGAUAGAGUGAGCAUAAAGGCUAUCAUCUUGGAUAUGUUCGUGGGUGGCACCAAUACUACAUUUACAAUUUUAGAAUGGGCGAUGUCCGAGCUUCUCAAGCAUCCAAGCAUUAUGGAGAAAUUGAAAAAUGAGGUAAGGAGAAUAGUCGGAGACAAAAAAGGCAUGAUAACCGAGGAGGAUUUGGUCGAAAUGAACUAUUUGAAGGCAGUGAUCAAAGAGACUCUUCGCUUGCAUCCUCCAGUUCCAUUACUAAUGCCCAGGAUUGCUACCAAAAAUGCAAAGAUAAAUGGUUACAACAUUAUGUCCGGCACACUAGUUCUUGUUAAUGCAUGGCAGAUUGGAAGGGAUCCAAAGUCAUACAACGAACCUGAAGAGUUUAUACCAGAAAGAUUUUUAAACAACGUCAUAGAUUAUAAAGGGAACGAUGGUUUUCAGUUUAUUCCAUUUGGGGCUGGUAGAAGGAGUUGUCCAGGAAUUCAGUUUGCCAUGGCUGUUCAAGAGAUUGCUUUAGCGAAUUUGGUUCACAAUUUUGAUUGGAUUUUGCCUGAUGGUGCAAGAGGGGAGGAUUUAGACAUGACUGAAAAUCCUAGUUUAAAUAGAAAUUAUCCUCUUCAGGCCUUGGCUAUACAAUAUUCUUGCUAAGAUUAAUGAGAAUGUUGUACUUUGAGGUAACUCAUAUUUCAUGUAUUUGGAUUCAUCCUUAUUUUCUUUCCCUUGUAAUUAAUAUAUAGUUCUCAAUG